AAGUUAGUUUGGGAUAAUAGAGAGAAGGAUUCAGACUCUGGAAGCUUCCUUUGGCCGGAGAAGAAGACGGUGUCGUUUGAGACUUGGGGGAGAGGAGAAUGACAGAGUUGAGCAGCAGAGAGGUGGAAUACAUAAGGAGACACCACAGCAAGGCAGCAGAGGACAAUCAGUGUGCCUCUGCUCUCGUUAAGCACAUAAGGGCCCCACUUCCUCUCGUGUGGUCGUUGGUGAGGAGAUUUGAUGAGCCGCAGAAGUAUAAACCGUUUGUGAGCAGGUGCGUGGUGAGGGGAAACCUUGAGAUUGGGAGUUUGAGAGAGGUUGAUGUUAAGUCCGGCCUUCCAGCGACUACUAGUACUGAAAGAUUAGAGAUUCUUGAUGACAAUCAUCAUAUACUUAGCGUCAGGAUUAUUGGCGGUGAUCAUAGACUUAGGAACUACUCGUCUAUCAUGUCCCUCCACCCAGAAAUUGUUGAUGGAAGGCCAGGUACCCUGGUAAUUGAAUCAUUUGUGGUGGACAUACCUGAAGGCAACACCAAGGAUGAGACCUGCUACUUCGUUGAAGCAUUGAUCAAAUGCAAUCUCAAAUCACUUGCUGAUGUCUCAGAAGGCCUUACUUUGCAGGACCACACUGAACCAAUUGAUCGAAAAUACGAGUUAUUGAUCACAAGAGGCUGAGAAUUUGGCUGCCAUGGAUGAAGCUUUCCCAACUUUGGAGACAUAGAAGACGGAAUGCCAAAUGGCAAUGGUGCUUUAUUCUCUGUUAUAUAUGAUUGCUUUUGCUCGUUUCUCUCUUUAGUGGUAGUUAAAAAGAAUAGAAUGUUUUAGACAAAUGUCUGAAUCAGUGCAGGAAAAGGUGACUGCAUGUUAUGUUCUUUCUGUAUAUAGGUGUUGGUCAAAGUUGGUCCGUAAAAUUGUUUCCAUUGGUCAGUACUCAGUUGUAAUUUCUGGUUGCAGUAAAUUUUUAGCAAAUAACAGAGGUUUCUUCUUAAAUGAGUACUAUUAUAUUAUAAAUAAUAUCUGGACAGCUUAUGUAGUUC